GUAUAAAUUCAGCCCUGAGUAUCAGUUAGACAUCACGUUCUGGCAGUGAGCACCAGAUCCACAGCUUGUGCCUUUUGCUGUGUUGGGAUUUGGAACGGGCAUCGGUUCCCACUCUUAUUAUCAACUCCAUAUCGGACCUGACCAGUCAGAAUGUCUCAGACUACGAAAAGCACCACUCAGGAAAAGGGCACUCCACCCACUGGUACAGCUCCUGCUCCGGGUUCCAAGAGCUUGAAGACCAGGGAACCUGCAGCGGGCAACUUCAAGAUCUACAUCUAUGAGCAGGAGAAUUUCCAGGGCAGGUUCAUGGAAUUUUCCACUGAGUGCAUGAACCUGUGCGAUCGCAACUUCGAUCGAGUUGGCAGUGUCCGUGUGGAGUGUGGACCCUGGGUUGCCUUUGAACAAUCUAAUUUCCGUGGAGAGAUGUUCAUCUUGGAGAAAGGAGAGUAUCCACGCUGGGAUUCCUGGUCCAACAGCUACAGGAGUGAUCGCUUCAUGUCCUUCCGACCAAUCUGCAUGGAUAACCAGGAGCACAAAAUCUGCCUGUUUGAACUAACGGAAUUCCAAGGAAAUAAGAUGGAGAUCACUGAGGAUGACAUCCCAAGCCUGUGGGCGUAUGGUUUCUGUGACCGUGUGGGCAGUGUGAGAGUUCCCAGCGGCACUUGGGUUGGUUAUCAGUACCCUGGAUACAGAGGGUACCAGUACCUGUUUGAGAUGGGAGAGUACAGACACUGGAAUGACUGGUGUGCCCAGCAGCCCCAGAUGCAGUCCAUCCGCCGUCUGAGAGACAUGCAGUGGCAUCAGAAGGGCUCCUUCCAGUUCACCGCCCCCAAGUGAGGAAACCCUCAGAGCUCCACAAGCCGAUGGUGAAGCCGAUGAUGAAGCCGAUGGUGAAGCCGAUGUCACUCAUUAACAUUUGACGGGAUCAUUUACCUGGAAGGAUCCAAUUAUUGUUUUUAACUCACUC